AUGGAUAUCGCCGCUGAACUCGCUGGAAGUGGCUUGAACUUGAACUUGACAGCGGCGGAGCGAGCUGAGGUGCAAAACAAAGUUGCCAUCGGCGUCCUCUUCGGCCUUGCUGUUAUCGCCUUCAUCAGCCGCAUCCUCCUCCGUCUAAUCACACGAAGGCGACUCUUCCUAGAUGAUGCCUUCCUGACUCUCGCAUGGGCUUGCCUGUGUGUAGGAACUGGCAUCAUGUACCAUCGCGUCGGGAUUGUCUACCUCGAGUUCGCCGUUCUAGGAGGUGAUACCGCCGCCUACGCUCUCAUCAUCCCACAGAUAAACGCGUUGGUCGCGCAGGCAACGUGGCAGUUGGCAUAUCUGGUGAUGCUGUGGACAACGGUAUUUGCGGUGAAGUGGUGUUAUUUGAUAUUUUUCUUCCCUCUACUGCGGAACAUGUCGCGAUGGUUCAUUUGGUACUAUCGCGCCGCGGUUGUGUUCUCCGUUGCUUGCUGGAUUUUGAUUCUCGUUGGAGACCAAGUUCUCAGUUGUCCAUAUCUUGGGGAAGAGGCAGGAGGUAUGUACAUCUCUACGACCAUGCGCAAUGAAGUCUCUAACACAGGUCUAGAAAAAUGCUUCCCAAAACUCCCCGUCUCGCAUACAGCUUUGAUGACCACAUUCUGGGCCUUUCCUAUACUUGACGCCGCAACCGAUAUAAUCAUCGUUAGCAUCCCACUCGUGCUCCUCCGCCAAGUCCGAAUGGACUUGAUGACCAAGAUAGGAGUGAGCUGCUUCGUAUGCCUCUCCGUCUUCAUGUGCGCGUGUGCCAUCACGCGCGCUGCAGGAACCUACUACCAAGGUGCCCUCAACUAUCCCUGGCAAGACUUCUGGCUUCACGCGGAGGGCUGUAUUGCGGUGAUGAUGGCAUCCAUCACGGCUUACCGGUCAACUCUAAUUGGAUCAAACGACGUCUCUCAUCGCUUCCGAAUCUACCUGGACAAGAUCAAGCACCCCUUUUCCUGGAGACAACGCGCGUCCGCGGAGAACACGAAUACUGGAGGCGAACCAAAGACGCAGACUAAUCGAUUCAACCUGCCUCGUAUCCCGAAUGCCACGAUGACUGGGCUGAGGACUUGGUUUGGGGCCAAGACUGCACAGGGCACAGUCCCACUUGCUAGUCAAGCUUCGACGAUUGGUGAAGAAUUCUCCGAUUACCAUGCUUUUUUGAAACCUAAACACUCAGCUGGUAUGUACUUUGUGUAA